UUCUAUUACAUCAAUUAAAGUCAGCGCGCAUUCGACUUGUGUUAUUAGUUGUAGAAUAGGAAACGGGAACGGACGAACUAUUGUUAUUCUAGAGUUUUUGUUGGUGAAUUCUGGUGAUAAAUAAAUAAUGGACGUAUCUAGUUACAGACAGACAACUACAAUCGAACCUGCCCAAACACAAAAAACAACACAGGAAGAAGUAAAGGCUCCUAAAACAUUGCGAAAUGCUAAGUCGUGUGGGACGCAGUACAUUAAAUAUUUGAGGAAAAACAUUCCAACUGUUUCGGACUUCAAGCAAUACUCAGCAGUUCUUAUAUGUGGUCUGUCGCUAUGGAUGACGUCAUGGUUUAUUUUCGAGGAUUUAGUAUUCCCUGGUGGAUACAUCUUCGACAUGACCGCAUUGGUAGUCAUAGGAUAUCUCUUUGGCCAUAUGUUACAAAAAUACACAUCUAUAAACGCGGUAGUUGGCAUGACUCUCGUUGGAGCCCUGGCGAGGAAUUUAGUUCCUAUAAAUUUCAUAGAAAACCCAAUGGCAUAUUCAGUUGACUAUCAUCUAAGGAGAAUUUAUCCGGUAAUUAUUUUAACAAAAGGCCCACUCUCCUGGAACUGGGAAUAUAUUAAACAGAAUUCAGUAAAAGUUUUCUCAUUGGCAACAAUGCCCUGGAUCAUCGAGUGUUUGUCGACGGCGUUCUUCACAUUUAUUUUUCUCGAGUUCCCUUGGUACUGGGGAUUACACUUGGGAGCGAUAUUAUCAUCUGUAUCGCCAGCAGUCGUGGUGCCAACAUUGGUCGAACUCGAUGCUCGUGGCUUUGGAACUAAAAAUAAAAUAGCACAUUUAGUCGGAAACGCUGGCGGUCUCGAUACAGCUUUUACUGAGGGAAUGUUCGGAGUUAUCAACAGCGCAAUAUUUUAUCAAUCCGCCCCCGAGUAUCGGAUAGUGAAGGCUUUACUGGCGAUAUUUGUUGGGAUCGGCCUGGGAGUCGUCUGGGGAUUCCUCGCUGAUAUUCUACCGGAACAUAACGAUAUUUAUGCACCUACAAUACGAAGCCUUCAUAUUUUCAGCGGUGGAAUUCUCAUCACUUUCGCAGCAUCAUAUUUUGGAUGGGGAGGAACUUCUGGAGUUAGUAUAAUGGUGUGUUCGGCCGCAGCAGCGACGCGUUGGUCACGGAGGGGUUGGGCCAUAAACAAGAACCCGGUCUCCGAAGUCUAUAAAUUACUCUGGACCUUGUUUGAACCAAUGCUGUUUACCCUUAGCGGUUACUUCCUUGAGGUCAAACAAAUAAGUGCAAUAGAGUUUGGAUAUAUUUUGGCCUGUAUAUUCUCAGCAUUAUUACUUCGUUUAUUAACAGCCUUCCUCAUAGCAUUAGCUAACGAAUUAUCAGUCAAAGAGAGUAUAUUUAUAGCAAUAACUUGGAUACCAAAAGCUAUUGUUGAGGCUGUUCUAGUGAGGGUGGCGACAGAUUCAUUAUGGCAAGAAGGUGCUACAGAUCAAGACAGAAAGAUAGCGGCACAACACUCAAAUAUAAUAGUUAUUUCGAUACUGAUAACGUCUACAAUCGGAUCACUUCUGACAACAUUAACGGGACCAUUGUUACUGUCGGAGUCAAAAGUCAGUGCUGAUGGCUUACAGACAACACAAAGCCCAGGAGCGUUACCGGAAUCGCAGUACAAUAGAUGUGACGUCACAAAACCACCAAACAAAAGAGCUUCAGUACAAUUUAUAGAUAUGAAAUAAAUUAUUUAUUUAUGCAGAAAAAA